AUGUCUGGAACAGCUCUCACUACUUUACAACGCGACAUGUCCAAUAUCAAAUUAGAGCCUUCUACCCAGGACAAUAUCUACGGUUCACAAUUGUGUUUACCCUACCCAAAUGUGCAUACAACUGCUCACAACAAUGAGAAUGAUGGUAAUAGGUCUCCGUGUCAUUGCUCUGAUUCAGAAGACACAGAAUCUAUAACAGGGUCAACUUCGAUUUCUAGUACAUGUUCACAAAAACUCGAGGAACAAAAUGAUUAUAUAGAUCCAGAAUUAUUAUACAAUUAUGAAGAUCCUUUCUGGACUUCAGAUACUGCAUCAAAUCCUGAUCAACCUCUGAUACCUUGGAUAGAACAACUAGUCUCUUGUAUUGUUUGUGGUGGUCCGAAUUUUGUAUUGAACUUUAUCUGUGUUUGUAAUGGUUGCAAUAGGGGAUUUCACCAAACUUGUCAUAAACCCGAAAUAACCGAUAGGGAUGUCAAUCGUCAAAAUGCUUUAGGUGAUACGUGGUAUUGCAGAGAUUGUCAUCUCAAGAAUGGUUUAGAAAGUAAUAACACAUUGAUGAAUUGCGAAAGCAAAGUAAAUAAAGAUGACACAGUGAUUGAAUGGAGGAAACAGCAGCAGAAUGGUGAUGACAAUAAUAAGAAGUCGGAGAAUAUGAUGGAAAUUGAAGAGGAGAAUGAGGAUAAAGAGGAGAACGGGGAGGAAGGAUCAACGUGUUCAUCAACAGAAGCUGACUUCUAUUACAGAUUACUUGACCCGAAGAAUGGCCAAAGAGUUGUUCCUUCUAAUCUAUCGCCAAGUCGCCAUCGUAAAUUAUACACGACAGCUUCAGAAAUUCGAAAAUUCUUUAAAAAUUGUCCAAACACCGAUAAGGAUUUUGGUCAAGUAUUUAAACCAGAAGAUUGGACUCACACAAAAGAAAAUAUUCACGCGUCAAAAAAAUCAGUGAAAUCCUCUAAAGUGAAUAAUGCCUCUGGAAAGACUGCCAAAGUUACUGAUGAUGACGAUAAUCACGAGAAAGGGACCAAUAUUAAAGGAGCUAAAAAUAAUAAGCGUAGCUUAUCCGCAAGAAAUUCCAUCGCAUCACCCCUCAAAAAAUCAGCCGGAUCUUUAAAAAAUACGACAAUGGCUACAAGUAAAGGGGCAAUAAAUCAAUUAAAAGGUCCAACAAAUAAUACCCCAAAUAAAAGCAAAGUCUCGGAUCGAAUUGAAGAAGAGGAAAGUGAUUUUGACAUUUUAUCAUUGGUACCAGCUAAUGUAAUCCCAUGCAUGAGCUUAGGUGUCUUGUCCUUCCGAGAAGGGACCAUCGAUCCGAAAAGGGGACAAAUCAAACGAGGACAUAUUUUCCCGGUGGCCAAAUAA